AUGAUGAAUUCAUUCCACUCCCAGGCGCCUAAUCACAGCCAGCCAGGCGUCGCCUAUGAUUCAUCGUCGUUGUCGUUGUCGUCGUCGUCGUCGCUUGCGUCCUCCAAGGCUGCUUUCCCUCCCGCUCCCGCCUUCACAUCCGCUCCUCCGAGCAGACCCAACAGCGGGCUGCAAAUGGCUCAUCUGCUUCAUCCUCCCGCCCAGCAGGGCCCCGGUAUGCCAAUGACGACUGCUCCUCCCUACUCGCAUUCUUACGAUUCAGGAUCCGGGUCUCCCGCGGAGCGUUCGUCCAUCUUGACGGACGCGCCUCCAGUCAAUGGAUCGCUUCCUGAGAGCGCGGGCCUGGUGCAGGCUCAGAUGGGCGCCGCUGCAGGGCAGCCGCCGCAGAAGAGAGCCUACCGACAGAGGAGAAAAGACCCCAGCUGCGAUGCUUGUCGUGAGCGCAAAGUCAAGGUCAGCAACUGCUACCUCCCCAAUCUUCCAAGUCAUGGGAAGUUAAUCUGUGGAGACCCCAGUGCGAUGCAUCCGAGUCGACCAGCUGUACGGAAUGCUCGAAUCGCAAAGUGCGUUGCCAGUUCACCAAGGAAACGAACCGGCGCAUGUCUUCCAUCAAGUUCGUUCGACCCCUUCCGCUUCCUUCGUCGUUCAGCUUCUAAUAAUGAGCAACUGCAGCAACUUCGAUCGGGCAUGCUGCGAGCAGACAAUGUCAUGGAUAUCGAUUCUGACUCGAGCGGCCAGCCCGUGUUGAAGCUGCCGGACGUCGGUUGUCGUCCCCCGCGACGGACCCGGCCUCCGGUCAUGCAGGAUCUCUCCGAAGUGCGAGCCCAUGUUCGCAACUACGGCAGGGGGAUUAUGAAAGUACCCCCUCCAUAUCGCCAACUGUGCCCUCCCUCCGUGCUCUCGGCAGAAGCGGCGCCGUCCCUCCCGCCCAAGGCCGUCGCCGAUCGGCUGCUGGGGCAGUACUACACGUGCAUUCACUCCGUUCUCCCCAUCAUUCAUUGGCCCAGUUUCGUCGCCGAAUACGAGAAGGUCUAUCAAACGGGCUCCCUGCGCGGAGCGUUUCGAGAGUGGACGGCGGUCUUGUUCGGGGUCUUCGCCUGCGGGUCCAUGCACACGCUGGAACGCAACAAAGAGCGGGAUGCCCGGGAAUAUUUGCUCGUGGUCAACAGUAUGGUCGACGUCUGGCGGGACGACUUCACUCUCGACCAGGCUCGCGUGACGCUACUCAUGAGCAUCUGCCUGUACGAAAUGAACUCGAAAUCGGCCAGCUGGGUGUGGCUGGGCUCCUCUCCCCUGGAAUUGGGCAAGCCCAUCUCCAUCAACGACCAAGACUGCGACGUGGACCUUCCGUGCCCGGUGGACGAGCAGUUCAUCUCGGAAGGUGGACGGGUGCCCGAAGGCCAUCAGACGACACCGCUGCUGGCCACCAUUCAUGUUGUUCGGUCGCUCGGUCAAUUGACCAAGACGCUGAGAUCGCCGGUGAUCAGUUCGGCCACGUUGGAAAUCUUCGAGCGCCAUUUCAAUGCUUGCCUCGCGACCUUCCCCAUCCAGUAUCACCCCAAGUCGGACCAUUACCUCGAUCCCCGUUCUCUGGCUCCCAUUAUCUACCUCCAAAACGCGCGAUUCAUCCUCCACCGUCACAACAUCUCCCCUCUGUGUCCGCCUGAGGUGCGAUAUCCGGCCUUUGAUCAAUGCCUAUCCAUCGCGCUGGAUACCACCCGGGUUCUCUCCCGAUGCAUGCACCCGCCUCCCCCCUCGACGAUGCAUGGAUAUGUGAGUGCCCACGGCGACUGGCAGACGCUCCUGACAUCCUCGGCCACGACGAUGCUCUGUACGCACAUCUGGCGCUGUCUGCUCGUGCUCCUCUUCCGCGAAGAGUUCUCCGCAGCUCUGGUGUGUGUCCAGGCCAGUAAGACGAUCGGCGACGCUCGCAGCGUGAACGUGUCCUGCGGGCGGUAUGUUGCGUUUUUCCUGCGACGCCUCUUGGAUCGAUUGCGGGUGAAUGACACGCGACCGCUCGACCGCGAUGAGGAAAUCAUCGCCUAUGUCUCGGGAGACAUGCAGGGAACGACGGAUGGGAGCUGGAUCUGGCAAGGCAGCGAGACGGGCACCCAGCUGGAGACGGUGUCUAGUCAGGGAGCGUAUGCCCCCGGGUUUCGCGAUGCCGUGCGCAGGGGUCCCGACGUCUCCGCGGACGAGCAACAAGCCGAAUGGGAAGGCUGGGAUUGGAUCGAGCGGACGGUUCAGUAUCUCGCAAAUGAACAGCUGCAGCGUGGCCACCGGGCGUUUGAGCGAAGGGAGGCACCGCCUGCGCCGGCGUCGAGGCCUCCUGAACCUGCCAAACUGAGCGCCGAGAGCAACCCCACGCUGCAACGGUCCAGUCCAGCCAAUUCGCGCAUGACGAUCGCCAAUAUCAUUUAG